ACUGUCAUUAUAAUAGAGAAGAUGAUAGUAUAGAAAUACCACAAGGUGAGGAUGAUGACAUUGGUCCUGAAGCUGAUAGAGCCAGUGAAGCUUCCUUAUCCAGUCAUAGAAGCAGUAUCCCUGAUGAGGCACCUGUUGAUGCUGAGUUUGAGCAAAAGAUUAACAGACUUAUAGCAGCAAAGCAGAAACUAAGACAGCUGCAAAAUCUAGUUGCUAUGGUACAGGAUGAUGAGGGUGAACCAGAGGCUGCAGGACGGGAUAAUGUAGAUCAGUACUUUUUGUCUGAAGAAGAAAAAGAACAGAAGCAGCCAAAUAACAUUCGAGCAGGUGUAAACAAGUCAGAGAAGGCUGUGGUUCUGAAUGAAAAAGCAAG